AUGAGCUGCCAAUGGCCAUUGUUGAUGCUUGUUCUGCUGUUUUCUCUGCCCAUCAUAUGCCAAUCUUCUUCACUCACAAUCACUGCUGAUCUGUUUGAAGAUUGGUGCAAACAGUAUGGGAAAACAUACUCGUCUGAGCAAGAGAAGCAGUUUAGAUUCAAAGUGUUUGAAGACAACUAUGACUAUGUCACUAAACACAACUCCAUGCCUAAUUCAACUUACACACUUUCCCUCAAUGCAUUUGCUGAUCUCACUCACCAGGAGUUCAGGGCAGCUUACUUGGGCCUCUCUGUUUCUGCCAAUGAUUCCAUAAUUAGGUUGAACAAUCGAGAGUCAACUUCAGAUGGGCUUCAUGAUGGUGAUAUUCCUUCCUCCAUCGAUUGGAGGAAAAAAGGGGCCGUCACAAAAGUCAAAGACCAAGGCAAUUGUGGAGCAUGUUGGGCAUUUUCGGCUACAGGGGCAAUGGAAGGCAUCAACAAGAUUGUCAGUGGAUCCCUAGUCAGUCUGUCUGAGCAGGAGUUGAUUGAUUGUGAUAAAUCCUAUAAUAAUGGAUGUGAUGGAGGACUGAUGGAUUAUGCGUUUCAAUUCGUCAAGAAAAAUCACGGAAUUGACACAGAAGACGAUUACCCUUAUCAAGGUCGCUCAAGAACAUGCAAUAGUAACAAGUUGAAAAGGCGUGUUGUGACAAUUGAUGGCUAUCAGGAUGUUGAUCCAAGAAAUGAGAAAAAGCUUCUAAAAGCCGUGGCAAAACAACCUGUGAGUGUAGGCAUAUGUGGCAGCGAAAGAGGCUUUCAGUUGUAUUCAAGGGGUAUAUUUACAGGGCCAUGCUCCAUUGAGUUGGAUCAUGCUGUUUUGAUUGUUGGUUAUGAUUCUGAAGAUGGAGUGGAUUAUUGGAUUGUGAAAAAUUCUUGGGGAACAAGUUGGGGAAUCAAUGGCUAUAUUCACAUGGCUCGUAACAGUGGCGAUGCAAAUGGAAUCUGUGGGAUUAACUUGCUGCCUUCCUACCCUCUUAAAACUAGCCCAAAUCCUCCACCAUCGCCUCCUCCAGGGCCUACAAAGUGUGAUCUCAUUUCAUCAUGCCCUGAAGGUCAAACCUGUUGCUGUUCCUGGAGUUUGUUUGGGCUAUGCUUAUCAUGGAGAUGUUGUGAUUUGAAUUCUGCUGUAUGCUGCAAUGAUCACCAUCACUGCUGCCCUCAUGAUUAUCCAAUUUGUGAUACACAAAAUAAGUUAUGUCUCAAGAAAGCUGGGAAUUUCACUAUGGUUAAACAGCUUCAGAAUGGAGGCAUGUCGGGGAAAUUUGGUGGCUGGAGUUCUGUCUUUGUGAAUUGGAACUUUUGA